AGCACCGAACAUGGCGAAUGCGGAGAAGGAGAGCGAGUCCAUCAAUAAAGAAAAAGAUGAUUUAGAAGUUUUGAAGGGCCUGGUAGACGAGCUGUACCAUUUCAGAGAUCACUACUUUGAGACGCACAGCGUAGAGGACGCCGGCAGGAAACACAAUGACGUGACGGAGGAGAUGAACAAGACACUGCAGAGGCUGGAGGAGAAGGAGGCGGAGUUCCGCCACAGUGCCCAGUUCCUCUUGCUGCGCGGCCGCUGCCUGAACGUGGGCGAAGACUUCAGCCCGGUGGCCGAGGAGAGCCUGUCGCGGGCCGUCAAGCUGGACCCCAGCCUGGUGCAGGGCUGGAACACCCUGGGGGAGGUCUACUGGAAGAAGGGGGAUCUGGAAGCGGCCAAGAACUGCUUCACUGGUGCCCUGCAACAGGAGAAGAAUAAGGUGUCGUUGAGGAGCCUGUCCAUGGUGCUGCGCCAGGUGCGGCCUGGUGGGGGUGAUGAAGAGCACAGUAAGCGGGUGCUGGAGAGCGUAGACCUGGCCAGGCAGGCCGUGCAGCUGGACGUCACUGACGGCACCUCCUGGUAUAUCUUGGGCAAUGCCUACAUCUCCAUGUUCUUCAAUAGCGGACAGAAGCCCCAGAUAUCGCAGCUCGCCCUCAGUGCCUAUGCCCAAGCUGAAAAAGUAGACCCUACGGCGUCCUCAAACCCAGACCUGCACUUCAACAGAGCAACGUUGUUUCAGUAUGAGGAGAUGUUCAGCUCUGCUCUGGCCGGCUACAGCCGGGCGGCCAUCUUGAAUCCCGAGUGGGAGGAUCCCCCGGAGAGGGAGAGGCAGCUGGUGGACUACCUGGAGAGAGUCACGGACCUCAUCGAGAACAAGGGGAAGGUGAAGGCUCGUCGCCUGCGGUCCAUGUUGUCCAGCCUCAACCUAUCAGCCCUGGGCCCCUGUUCCUCCCCCCAGUUCAGAGCCCCGUCAGGACGUACGGGAAGCCUGGAGCCACAGUGUGUCUCUGCCCUGAAGCAGGGCACCAACACUGGGGUGGCCACCAUGGGCAAGGUGGUCUUCAGCCUGGCUCCCGAAGGACGGAUGGCAUUCACGUUUGGCAUGGUGGACAGUGAGGAGACGUGCUGCGUGGUGAUGGUGUACAACACGGCCGACAGCUGGGGGGCUCUCAUAGGGGACUCCGUAGUCAUCCCCGAACCACACGUCAAACGCCACAGCGUCUCGCACAAGGACAAGACAUUUGACAUCCGCAGUAUACGAGUGGACUCGCCCCUGUACCUAAUAGUCAACGGCAAGAAGCAAGCUGUGAAGAGCCAAAUCGUAGCAUCGGUGAGCUACAAGCCCCAGAACUAGUCAACCGCUGACGAGGUGGACAGAGGAAGGGGACGAGGCUGGCAGCUUACUGGUCCAUGUGGGGUGGUGGUGGUGGUGAUACAUGUGGCAACUUGUUUAUUGUUUUAUUGUUUGUUUGUUUUUUUAAGCCAUGUUGUUAGGCAACAAUCUGGUAGGCUCCAAUCCUAGAAUACAGUAGAACACUAGAUGUCCACAUUGAUUAUCCUCAUGCAUCUUUAUGAACGAAUGUUUCUGUCUGAUAGCCACCAUGUUUGUUUGUCAGGGGCAAGCACCAAGUAAUUGUCAAGUAGAGUAAGAUACAUCAAGCCCGUACAUUUCCUGGAUCCAUGUGAUGUUAGGUGAUGUCAGGACGCCACUUUAGGAGACCUUCGGUUAGGAGGCCUUUGGAGGUUGGGGUUCUCUUAGCGCUGUAGAUAGUGGUAGAGCAUAUGUUAUGCAAGCCAUCACCACACGCCACAGAAUGAGAAGGAGGGCACAACGUCCCUUAGGUGACCGAGCUUGAGCACACUCCUUUGCAUUGGGUAGGCAGGGUUUUGGGGUAUCUUGCUCUAUUAGACGAUUCUUUGGUAAUACUACCAUCAAUUGGCAUCAAGGCGAUAUGCACAUUAUCCUGUAGGUGGCGGUAAAAUAUCAUCUUCACCAGUUGUGUGAAAAUCAUAGGAACCCUGUACCAUGGCUGUGGCACCCAAGGCUGUGGGGUAUUCCAAAAACAUGAUCAUUUAGUGAACAGUGAUUAAGAUAACCUGCAGGAAGUAAUAAACCUCCUAAUAGAUAGGCCAUAGGAUGUGUCAUUUAGUUAAGAAAAUGAGGACUCCGUGCUCUUAGAUUAGAUUUUUUAACACUCUCAAGGUUAACUUGACAUGGUUUACUACUGAGCCAAGUUCUUGGAAUACCCACUUGGUCCUGCCAACAAACGCAGCACCUAGUGCUCUACGUCUCCCAGUAGGCUUCUCAUUGGGUGGUUCUAAUAAAGUGGCAUGGUGAUGACUGGAGCUGGCCAGUGGGGUAUCCCAGCCAAUAGGUUUAGUGGCCAUAGUAUGUUAACUCAAAAGUAGACCAUUUUUUAUAGAAGACGCCUUUUUCCUUUUUCUAGCAGAAGGAAACAAACGGUGCAUGUCUAUGAAGUGGUUUACUACUUACCUGUAAGUUUACUCAAUAGGUCAGUCAUUAAACUACCUACUCGAAAUAUUCCACUAUUAAUUGGUUGGCCCAAUACUAAGACAGAAGUGCCCAAUGCUGCCAGUGUCUGAGUAAUGGUGCUGAACAAUAUUGCUUAAAAAAAUAAAAACGUGUUGCCCUUUGUAUCAAUGCCUGAAGACCAGUGCUGUGUUCCGUUAGUCAGAGCAGAGGUGGAAAGGAAAAACGUUACACUUUAAGUAAUAUAAGUUUGUGUUUAUGUACAUAAAUAUAUGCAAUGUAUUAUGUUUGUCUUUAAAACUAUGUAUAUAUUUUUAAUGUUAUUUCCUUUUGUAAUUUUUGUUUGGGAUGUGUGAAUUUUGUUCUGUUUUUUUCUUCCCAACUUGUUUUGACAAUGCUGCUGAUGUUUACAUAUGGGGAUCCGCCAAUCAAAUAAAACCAUGAAUAUUU